AGAGCGGGCCUCAAAUCAUUGAAUAUAAUUAAGUGUUUCUACGUAUAUUUGUACAUUUCGAAUCUUUUAAUCGACUCAGUGGGAUUCUGUAGCAGUUUAUAAAGUAUUCAAAUUUAUUGAGUUAUUCAAAACAUUCGGUAGUCAUGAAUAGUACAGAAAAAUAUACGGAGGCGAGUGACAUGCAGAGGAGAGAUGCCCGCGAAGUGAUUGAGGAAUUCACUGAUGAGUUGGGAAAGAUGCAGGGGAGAUGCAUUGAUAUUGGAUGUGGUCCGGGAAACGUCACCAAGGAACUGAUUCUUCCUAAGUUGGGGAGCAAUGCUACUAUUGUUGGUGCUGAUAUUUCUGAGCAAAUGCUCGAUUUUGCAAGAAAAAAAUACAAAAAUGAAGGGCGCAUGUCCUUCAUUCACAUGGACAUAGAAUCCAAAGAUUUUUCAAAGCAACAAAUAGGAUAUUACGACAACGUUUUAUCCUUCUACUGUCUCCAUUGGUGCCAAAACAUGAGACGCACCACUGAAAACAUUUAUAAACUUCUUCGGCCAGGAGGUCGAGGUCUCGUAAUGUUUCUAUCCUACAACAAUGGCUUCGACGCCUACAUGAAACUCCAGAAGAAUCCCCGAUAUCAGCCCUACAUGCAGGAUGUUGGAAAGUAUAUUCCACCCUAUCACAGCUGCCCGAAUCCAAGAGCUACUAUGAAGAAAACACUCGAGGAAGUUGGCUUCGAGGUACUGCACUGCAGUAAUAGGGAGAAAACCUUCGUAUUUGAGAGCUUGGAAAUUCUACAAAAGCAUAUUCUAGCUGUGAAUCCCUUCCUGAGCCGAAUACCAGAUGAUCUCAAAGACGAAUACAAAGAAGAAGUGACUAAAGAAAUAACCAAAAAUAAAAUUUUAUUUGAAAGAAAUAAUGGUAAGUCAAACAGCUACAGCGUCCUCGACAGAUACAGCCUGCUGAUAGCGUACUUCCGAAAGCCUCCAAAUGCCCAAUGAGACCAGAGGAGAAAAGGCUUCUUAUUCCAUAGCUUUAUCGUUGCCACUCUAGGAGUCAAGGAAUUAUUUAUCAUAGUCGAAGUAGUAUAUUUGGUUUUAAAUGUUUACUUGUUGAAUUUCACAAAUUCUGCAUCACUUCAUAUCGUCGUAGAGCCAAAAAGGCGUAACAGCUAUGCGAAUACAUACCACUUACGCCCAUUUGGCUAUACGACGACGAUAUAAUACGAAUCUAAUGUAUAAAUAAGCGCAUAAUAUAUCGUAAUAUAUAAACAAUCUUUUAAUGUAUCGUAAUGAAUGAAAAUACUUAUAAGUGAGACUGUUAAAGUUUAAAAUCUAUAUUGUUUAUGAUUGAAUGAAUAAAAGGUUUUAAAAAGCGA